CGACCAUCUAUACCUGGAAUCACCUCUACACCAGCUGCAGUGCCUUCUUUUAUUCGCUCCUUUUCCUCCUUCUACUACAUCCUCAAGGCGCGAUACAUUCUUCCCUCAGUCCCACGUUUUAAGCAGCGCAACCCUAAUUCAGUUCUAAUCCAAGCUGCACUUUCACUUACUAAAUUCUAUACGGAGAUAUUCCGAUCACAGGAGCACAAAAGAGGACAAGGUUUUUGUCUACCCUUUCAAAGCUUGCAGUCUAGGCAUCCCAUUCAUAAUUCUGAGGUUCCUGUUAUUUAAACAUUCAACUCAUCCUAUGUAUCAGACUUGUAUAUUUUUCGCUCUUCGUUUACAUUAUUCCUCGCAUUCUUCUCAUUCUCCAUCUCCGGCUCUUCUCUUGCUCCUCUUGCCUCUCUCUCAUUCAUCUCUUCUGGUCUUACACCUUUCGCUGCAGUCCUCUUCACACUUUAUAUAUAAAAAUAAGCCUUCGAUCCAAAGAAAGUAAUGCCUGAUUUGACACCACGAUCGCAGUACGGCAAUGCCUGGGAGUCAACGAGAGUAGCGGCAAAGGAGGGAUGGAUCCUAGAUCCACAGAACAGAGUCGUGAUCCUGCAUGGAAUCAAUCUCUCGGGCGGCACCAAGAUGCCAUUUUGUCAGGCCUCAGCAGACGGAGACGUCGGCGUAGCAGCAACAGCAGCAGCUUUAGCUUCGGCAGGCGGUUCAGCAUCAUCAUCAUCAGAGUUCUUUGGGGCACUACCUAGGGCACCGUCAACAUCAUUAUCGGCAUCGGUCGCCGCAUCUUCGUCAUCUAAUCCACAAACAAAGCAAGAGGAGGCAAGGGCAAAGAACAAAGGCGCAAUCCCAGGUGUGAUCUACUCGUAUAUGGAAGAACAUUUCUAUGACCAUCGAAAUGUAUCGUUUGUGAAUCGACCGUUUACAUUGGCGGAGGCCGAGUUGCACUUUGAGAGGCUGGCUCGAUGGGGCUGCCAAUGCCUUCGAGUCCUUGUGCCCUGGGAAGCAUUGGAGCACAGUGGACCAGGCAUCUACGACGAGGAUUAUAUCACAUACCUGAUAAAAUUGCUUAAGAUUGCAGGCAAGUACGGCCUGAAGUGCUUCCUGGACCCUCAUGUUGAUUGCUGGAGUCGAUUCUCUGGAGGAUCUGGAAUGCCUGGAUGGACCCUCGAACUGGCAGGGCUCGACAUGAGAAAGUUUGACGCGACCGGAGCGGCCGUCGUUCAAAAUACGUAUGAGAACAAGGAAAACUACCCAAGGAUGAUUUGGGCCACCAACAGUAUCAAGGUUGCAGCUGCCACCAUGUACACACUGUUCUUCGCCGGCCAGAUCUUUGCGCCCCACGCCAUGGUCCCUCUUUCGACUACAGUCCUGUCGCAUUUGCGCAAGAUCCAUUCGACGGUCGUCUCGGAUGAGGCCUAUCGACGAGGCGUCUCUGGAGGCAUUAAGGCACCUUCUCCAGUUCAGAACUUGACCCCGAUCCCUAGAGUUGACCAAGAGUUCGUGGAGCGCGGACGGGUCAACAUCCAACAUUUCCUGCAGGGGCAUUUCAUAGAGGCCUUUUCACACUUGGCCCAACAGAUCCGCGAUGAUGAUACUAAGACAGUCAGAGAUGGUCUCGGCGCAGGACUGAUUGAUUCAGGGACGGUUAUGGGUUUUGACACGCUGAACGAGCCUUCACCGGGAUAUUUGAACCAUCCAAAUUUGAAUGAAUUGUUGGAGUUGGCGGAUCUGCAGAUUGGAGCAUGUCCAACUCCAUUCCAAGGAUUGGAGCUUGCCCAGGGCAGGACAGUUAACUGUCAGGUCUGGGAGACAGGUAGCCUUGGUCCACUGAGAAAGGGAUCACUCAAGGUUAAUGAAGGAAAGGUCAACUUGUGGAAGAGACCGUUCUGGAGGGCAAAUCGGCAGUACAAGAGCAACAAUGCGUUUGGAGAGCAACACCUAUACCCGCCCUCAGCCCCGGCCUACCCUUCACCUGCCUACCAUCCAGAGAAUUCACCCUUCGACGUUGUCUCGCAUCUCAAUAUCACUGGUGAUCCAGCAGGCGAAUCAACAGCACCAAGCACUAGAGCCCCGCCACCACUAGUAAUAUCACCGCAGUCUGCAGAAUCAUUGGCAUCAUUUAGCCCUAAGUCUCUUACUCCACUCGAGCUUGCAGAAUCCAACCUUGCCAAAACUGGCUGGCCAAAGCCUGCGGGAUACAGUGAAGUCUGUCUUUGGGCAGAGCACAAGGUCUGGGAUCCACAAACGGGCAAAUUGCUGAAACCCAACUACUUUCAACGCAUACCGACCAGGCAGUAUGUGCCGCCAGGAUUUCAGCCCGGCAAAGAAGUCGAAUGGAAGCAGGACUUUUGGCUGCCGUUCGUCAACACGUUUUCGCUGCGGCUACGACAGCAAGAUCCUAGGUUUACGAUCUUUGUGGAGCCACCAAUCAACGAGGAGCCUCCCAUGUUUCGUCUGCAGAAGGUCUUGAUCGGCGGCGCAACAGAUCAGUUGAAGAAUAUGUUCCGAGCAAUAGUUAGUGGGCAACCUCACAAGGCGUUCAAGAACCAGCACACGGCCUCGAUUAUGCGGCAGUCGGUACCUGCGAUACCUCCAGCUUCAGCUUCAGCGAGUGGCGAUGGCGGCGAUGGCGAGGAGAAAGGCAAGGGACCUGCGGAGACGGCGGACUAUUUGUACGAGAAUGCAUGCCAACACCCAGUUUUCGACCCCGUUGGUGACGUGGGCGACAAUGUUGUGGUCGCGCCUCACUUCUAUGACGGGUAUACAAAUGUUACUCGCGACUUUGUUCCCUUCACGCUUGAUUAUCUGGGUUACAAACGUGGUAUCUACUGGUCGGUCCUCGGGGCGCUCAAGUUCGGCUGGGGUGGAGUCGGACAGGCAUGGAAGGAUCAAGUACAUGGGAUUCAGUCUGAUAUCCAGUUCGCUAUGGGUCGCGACCACGGCAUCCUGAUGGGCGAGACGGGUCUGCCUAUUGACAUGCACAACAAAACGAGUUUCAAGAACCGGUACGGAUAUCCAAAGCAGUCAUUUGCGAUGAAGAUGUUGCUCGAUGCCAUGGAUGCAAGCAUGCUGAGUUUCACACUGUGGAAUUACUGUGCCGACAACAGCAACCAGUGGGGCGACCGAUGGAACGGCGAGGAUUUCAGUGUAUGGUGUCCGCUCGAUAACGGGUUUCUCCAGCCGGAUUUCAUCGAGGAUUCGUCUGGGCCUGGUCUUGGCAGUGACAGCAGAGUUCAGUCGACAGCACAGAGCAAAGAUAAUGAUUUAUCGGACAUGACUCUUACAGAGAUCUCGAGCGAGCUAAGCAAUGGCAUGGAGGAGGAGGCAGGGUGCAGAGAAGGAUGCAUCUGGUGGUUGUGCCUCCCGAAAACGAAUGUCUGGACAAAGCGUACGGCUCCCAAGCGGUUGAUCAUCGUCUCUGCGGAGCCUUCGCCUGACUGUCUUACAGGGAGCACUAAUACCUCGGAUAUCAGCUUGGUCCCUGCGAAACGGGCCAAGAAACGUGUUGAGACUCUUCGCACAUGGCAAGAUCUUCUUCCGCUCUCGCUGCAGAUCGAACGCAGUCGACUUGAGUUCUACGGCGGUCUUCGUGUCGGCGAACCUUUUGUUCGUGCCUACCCCAUUGCGAUCUGGGGCGAACCUGUUCAGUACUGUUUCGAGCCCGGCCGACCCUUGCAGGAUUCGGAGUUCCUCAGCCGGGAUAUCAGCAAGAAAAAGACGAACGAUGUCAAGAGCUGGGAAAACCGGUUUGUAUUGUUCCUGACGCUUUCGUGUGAUCGUAGACCAAAGCGUGAUCACAGCUAUCACGGAGGCUGUCAUGGGGAGGGCAUUUCGCACGCAAAUGGACAAAGCAACAAGGAAGGCACGCCUGAUGUCACUCCAUCCACAGACGUGUUCUUGCCGAGGUUUCACUUUGCGCUGGACUCGCCCGUGGGUGUGGACCAAUUCGAGUCUCUAGGCGCCAUCCAGGAGAUUCAUGAAGAAAUACAGCGACGAGCAGGGUGUGCACGUUCUGCGACGGACGCAAUAGCAAAGUCGAGCCGAGACAAGGGACGCUGGCAUCGACUCGAUGUCAAGGUGACGGACGGAUAUUUCACGAUAGAGCCGAAUCGGCAGCUGCUGCAGUAUUGGACCUCACCACAACCAACAUUCGACCUCCACGACAACCUGGCCCCAACGGACGAGUUCUUUGAAGGCGUGGAAAAACGUAUCAGGAUGCUGUUCUCGCUCGGGUGGGAUGGCAAGGAAGGUAUCUCGACCUCAGUGGAACAGGAUUGGAUCAAGAAAUUGUGGAGGGGGAUGCAGAAAGGCGAUGCGGCCGCGGAUUACUCGACCACGCCUUCGUCGUUCGCCUGUCUGUGGCCGUUUUCAUCGGGGGCCGUGGAUGUAGUGGAAGCGGAGGAGAGACGGAAGUUAAAGUUGACGGAGCUGCGACAAAAAUGGAGGGAACAUCUGGGGAUACCGGGUAAGGGUUCAACGUUCUGUCGUAGGUGUGGACAGAUGGAUGUGAUGCAUUUGCAUGGCGUGAGUGCCCGUCUGCAGAUGUGGCCUGGUUAUCGUGGGUGAAGAAUAAACUCGAUAUAUUAAUCUUUGACAAAAUAAAGCUAG